UGCCUAUAAAACCAAAUCAUCUCUCCCACUUGAUUCUCCAUUUCAAACAAACCUCCAUUAGAGAGAAUCCACAAAGAUAUUUCAAGUGACGAAUUGGGUUUUGAUCAAAUACUUAAAUUAAUGGAUUUCUCCGGCAUGUUCCUCACUUUCUUUGUGGCGGCUCUGUUUCUCUGUUUGCUCCGGCUAAUAACCUCCGUCGCUGGAUUCCGCCGUAGCUCCUCCUCGCAACUCCCUCUUCCUCCGGGAACAAUGGGUUAUCCUUACGUCGGAGAAACAUUCCAGCUUUACUCGCAAGACCCUAAUGUGUUCUUCGCAUCAAAACAAAGAAGAUACGGUUCGGUGUUCAAGACUCAUGUAUUAGGAUGUCCCUGUGUGAUGAUCUCGAGCCCUGAAGCAGCGAAAUUCGUAUUGGUUACCAAGUCUCAUUUGUUUAAACCAACUUUUCCGGCGAGCAAAGAGAGGAUGCUUGGAAAGCAAGCCAUCUUCUUCCACCAAGGAGAUUACCAUGCUAAACUCAGAAAGCUCGUCUUGAGAGCUUUCAUGCCUGAUUCAGUCAGGAACAUGGUCCCUAACGUUGAAUCAAUCGCUCAAAAAUCCCUCAGUUCUUGGGAUGGAACUCAACUCAACACUUACCAAGAAAUGAAAACAUACACUUUCAAUGUGGCGUUGAUCUCAAUACUCGGAGAAGACGCAGUCUUGUACAGAGAAGAUCUGAAACGAUGCUACUACAUUCUUGAGAAAGGUUACAACUCGAUGCCGAUCAAUCUCCCGGGAACACUAUUCCACAAAGCCAUGAAAGCUCGCAAGGAGCUAGCUCAGAUCCUUGCUAACAUCUUAUCUAAAAGAAGACAAAACCAGUCUACGCACAAAGAUCUUCUCGGAUCAUUCAUGGAAGACAAAGAAGGGUUAACCGAUGAGCAAAUCGCCGACAACAUAAUCGGAGUUAUUUUCGCGGCAAGAGACACUACCGCGAGUGUGCUGACGUGGAUCCUCAAGUACUUAGCAGAUAAUCCAAAUGUCCUAGAAGCUGUCACUGAAGAACAAAUGGCGAUAAGGAAAGAGAAAAAGGAAGGAGAGGGUCUCACUUGGGAAGACACAAGGAAGAUGACACUUACUUCUAGAGUCGUCCAAGAGACAAUGAGAGUUGCUACAAUCUUAUCUUUCACAUUUAGAGAAGCUGUAGAAGAUGUCGAAUAUGAAGGAUACUUGAUACCAAAGGGAUGGAAAGUAUUGCCGCUAUUCAGAAACAUUCAUCACAAUGCUGAUUUCUUUUCGGAUCCCGGAAAAUUUGAUCCAUCGAGAUUUGAAGUUGCACCUAAGCCGAAUACAUUCAUGCCAUUUGGGAAUGGGAUCCAUUCAUGUCCGGGCAACGAGUUAGCUAAACUUGAAAUCUCCAUUCUAAUCCAUCACCUCACCACUAAGUACAGGUGGUCAAUCGUAGGACCAAGUGACGGAAUUCAAUAUGGACCGUUUGCUCUUCCUCAGAAUGGACUGCCUAUUACUUUGGAACGAAAACCAGAGAUUGACGUAUGAAAAUAGUUACAAAGAUAGCUUUCUUAGAUUAGAAAGUAUGGGAUUCUUACCAUAUUAAGAGAUCAAAUAUACAAAAUGAGAAGAGAACAAGAUGGAAAAAUCCAAACGGAACUCUCAAGUGUACAUAGAUUUCAGUUAUAUUCUAUUUUAUAGAAAAUUUGGUUUAGGUUUAGGUAAUGUAGAGAAUUAAAAAGGUUAUAGAGAAGUUUAGUGUUUUUCUGUUCUUUUCUGUGUCAUUUUUCUCAAAUUGUAAUUUGUUUUUGCUAUCGAUGUAUGUAUAUCAGUUUAUGGAAUGCUCAAAGCAA